UUAUAUCAUACUAGAAAGGCUUUAUAUCAUACUAGAAAUGCUUUAUAUCAUUAUCAUACUAGAAAGGCUUUAUAUCAUACUAGAAAGGCUUUAUAUCAUACUAGAAAGGCUUUAUAUCAUACUAGAAAGGCUUUAUAUCAUACUAGAAACGCUUUAUAUCAUACUAGAAACGCUUUAUAUCAUACUAGAAAUGCUUUAUAUCAUUAUCAUACUAGAAACGCUUUAUAUCAUACUAGAAACGCUUUAUAUCAUACUAGAAACGCUUUAUAUCAUACUAGAAAUGCUUUAUAUCAUACAGAAACGCUUUAUAUCAUACAGAAACGAUUUAUAUCAUACUAG